AGUGUAGACGCUGUGAGAAAGUCAGAGUAAAUGUUUUAAGACUUGGGACAGCCAACCACUUUGCACGAUCCCAAUUCUCGGAGACAGAACCAGGAGUACAUACGAUGCCGUAUCCCCGUUUCUAGCGAAAGAAGACAUAAAAAUCUAAAACGAAUUGAACUUAACUAAAGAACUUAUUUAACAAAUAAAUUUUUAGCAGUCAACUGUGUUUUGUAAUCUGAUUACAAUAAUUUUGAUCUGAAAACAUAUGAAUGUAUGCUAAAGAAAAAUGUUACCUUGUUAUGUGUGUCAGUACAUUUAUUUGCGAUGGCUAAAAAUUUGUAUGCUAGAAGCCAAUAAAAAGGGAAAAAAAUAACAGAAGCAUCUUUGGCUUAAAAGUCGACUGAUAUCAACUCGCCAUGCGUUGUUGGCUGUACAGUGUACACACACUGCUACAGUUUGAGAUUAAGGACUAGUCAGCAGUGUUGGAAAGCUGUGAUUAUUUGGCGGCGGUAUAAUGUGUGAUGAUAUUUGUUGUCCGAAAAUAUUGCUCUCCUAAAAUUUUCGAGAAGAUCAUUAUGGCUCUCAUUGGUGGUGAUGGCAGUACUCUCACUGUGAACAUAAGUGGGAUGAGAAAAAAAUACAAGGAUAAAUCAGAUGUCUUCACAGAAAGUGAUAUCACGGACAAGAAUCCGUAUAGCCUUUUUAAAAUUUGGUUUGACGAGGCGUGCAACAAUCCUCAAAUAUUUGAAGCGAAUGCCAUGUGCUUAGCAACUGCAAGUAGAUCAGGGAUGCCGUCGUGCCGUUAUGUUCUCCUCAAAGGUUAUGGAACUGAUGGCUUUAAAUUCUAUACGAAUUAUGAAAGCAGAAAAGGAAAAGAACUAGCUGAAAAUCCCGUAGCUGCUUUAAAUUUCUACUGGGCACCUUUAGUUAGACAGGUCCGAAUUGAGGGUGUUGUUGAGAAACUCUCAGAACAAGAAUCUGAUGAAUACUUCCAUUCAAGGCCAGUUGAUAGCCAAAUUGGAGCCUGUAUCAGCCAUCAGAGCACUGUUAUUUCAGGCAGAGAGGAACUUAUUGAAGCGGGCCAUAAGAUUCGAGAGGAAUACGUCAGUCCUGGGAAAGAAAUUCCUCGUCCAAAUGAAUGGGGAGGCUUCAUUGUGAAACCAACUACUUUUGAAUUUUGGCAAGGACAAAGUGAUAGAGUUCAUGAUCGUAUUAGAUUCAGACGGCUAGAAGAGAAUGAAACAUCAGAUGAAAUUCUUAUUCAUAAAGGAAGAGAUGGAUGGGUGUAUGAAAGACUGGCACCAUGAAUUGGCAAUGUUACGAAGCUGUCUUCCUCAGAGCGUGAACAUUGUUAUGACUAUAAUAGGAACCUAUUACUUCAGUAUUUUUCAACUUUCUUGGGGACCUGUAGUUGAGUGAAGCUGAUUUUUUAUUUUCUUGUACGUUGUUAUGCUCUUCAUGUGGAGUUGGGAACAAGAGACUUUAUGAGCAAUAUUAGUAUGCUGUGCUUGUCUGAGAUCAAUAGGAAGAAGAUAGGUUCUUACUGUGAAAACCUAAUAUAUAUACUAGUGGUAUCUUGUAAGCCCAGACAAAAUCGUUUGAACACACAAAUUAUUCAAAUAUCAGGAACCUUCUUUAAUAUAGUAAAUAAUGGUAUAGGUAAAAUGGGACUUGGGUUUCAGAACACAAAUAAAAUGUAUUAUGCCUUGUCUGAUACCUUAAAGAACAGUAAUAUUUCCACGUAGAUCAAAAUAUGCAUUAUAAAUAAUUAUUCAGUCAGUAAUAACACAUGUAAUGAAACCUGGACUUUGGAAGUAAGGGGCGAAAGUGAGAGAGAAAGGAUCACUAGAUAUCCCAGAACAAAAUACUAAAUAAAUGUUUUUGAACAGGGAUUUACCCUGCAAUCUGAAUCUGAACGAAACUAGAAUGAAACCUGACACUGCAACAGCUAUGAAAACUGGAAGUAUUGGCCAUGUAAUGAGAUAGCAAGAAGACAAGUUUAAUCUGGAUUGCGGUAGAAGAAUCCCUAGAGGGGCCACCAGAAUGUCUGGGAAUGGGACUUCUAGAUUAAAUGGAAAGUACCUACAUUUUUGGAAAAUUGCUAAUUGAUGUGUAUAUUACAUAAAUGGACAGAUUUGGCAAAAAUUACUGAACCAACACCAGAUGCCACUCACGUGGCAUGUAACUUCUCUGCAAUUACUAAGAACAGAACCCAUGUAUCACAUCUACUUCUAUACUCUGCAGAACAGUGUGAAGUGCAUGACAAAGGAUAUGACUCACUGUACCAUUUAUUAGGACUUUUUCCCAUUCCAUUCACUUGUGGAGCAAGGGAGGAAUGAGUGCUUGAAUGCCUUUUAGGUUGGUGUAAUUAUUCUAAUCUUGUCCUUGUGGUCCCUGUGGAAGUGAUACAAAGGGGUUUCCAGUAUAUAAUUAGAAUCAUCAUUUAAAGCUGGUUCUUGAAACUUUGUAAGUAGGUUUUUGUAGGGUAGUUUACAUCGUAUAUUCAGGAGUCUGUCAGUUCAGUUUCUCAGCAACUCUGUGACACACUCCCACAGGUCAAACAAACCUGAGACGUUCACACUGCCCUUCUUUGUAUAUGUUCAGUAUCCCCUGUUAAUCUUAUUGGGGUAUAGGUCCCACACACUUGAGUACUAUUCUAGGAUGGAUCACAUGAGUGGUUGGUAAGCAGCCUCCUGUAUAGGCGGGUGUCAUUUCCCUAACAUUCUGCCAAUAAACUGAAGUCUGCCACCUGCUUUAUGUACAAUUGAGCCCUUGUGAUUGUUCCAUUUCAUAUCCCUACAAAGUGUUACACCCAGGUAUUGGUACGAGAUAAUAGAGUCCAACUGUGAAUUGUUGAUGAUAUAGUCACAGGACGCUUUUUUUAUUAAGUGCACAGUUAUACAUCUCUGAACAAUUAAAACAAGUUACCAAUCUUCACAUGA